AUGAACCGGGGAGCUUCGGUGGUCGGGGAGAUUAAGGGUGAGAGUCUACCGGCUCUGCAUUUUCGACCCAGUACUCGUCCAGGUCAUUGCGCGACGAAAACGGUCACGAGACCAGUGUUGUGGCACAUGAUAAAGAUACGCGGAUCCGUGGGCUGCCGCACGGAGACGGACGCGGCCGUAGGCGUCGACGAUCCUGAGAACCGUUAA